AAUGUCAAUAAAUAAUACAAAAUCAAUAAAUACACAUAGAUUUACGAUUAAACAUUACUAAACGUUAAAUGGUUAAAUGUGCAAGUGUUAUUUAAACAUGAAAUUAGUGAUAUUAUUUCUAUUAAUAAUUUCUGUUAGUUGGUGUAAAAAAGGGUUCGGUCCAGGUGAACAAGAAUGGGAUUAUGCAGAAGUUAGAAAAGGUGCACAUAUGUUCUGGUGGUUAUACUACACCACAGCACAUGUAGAAAAUCCGGAAUCAAAACCGUUACUAAUAUGGCUGCAAGGAGGGCCAGGUGUUUCUUCAACUGGAAUUGGAAAUUUUGAAGAAUUUGGUCCUUUGGAUUCUAAUUUAAAUCGUAGAAAUCAUACUUGGGUAAAAGAUUACAAUGUUAUAUUCAUUGACAAUCCUGUUGGAACCGGAUUCAGUUAUGUUGACUCAACUUCACUUCUUACCACCAAUAACGCACAAAUAGCAAGAGACUUGGUAGAAUGUUUACGAUCAUUUUAUAAAAAAUUACCACAGUUUGAGAACACACCUUUAUACAUCACUUCUGAGUCUUAUGGUGGAAAAAUGAAUAUUGAAUUUGCGUUACUUUUAAAUAAGGAAAUUAAAGAAGGGAAAAUCAAAUCAAAUUUAAAGGGUGUAACUCUUAUUGAUUCUUGGAUAUCACCAAUUAAUUCGGUACUAACUUGGGCACCAUUUUUAUUGGUGACGGGAAUGAUUGAUAUUGAUGGCUAUGAGAAAAUUGAUAAAGAAGCAAGAAAAUGCCAAGAUCUGGUAGAAUCAGGCAGAUAUUCUGAAGCAACGAAUCAAUGGGGUCAAACUGAAACGGAAACUACCUCUGUAACGCAAAAUAUAGAUUUCUAUAAUAUCUUAACAAAAGUAAAAUACCAAACAAGAUAUAAAUCCAACUUCGUAGACGGUCUUGAAUCUCGACAAGACUCAGAUAGUUUGAAUUCAAUUAUGAACAACGAAGUAAAACAGGCAUUAAAUCUGCCAUCUAAUGUAUAUUGGUCAGAAUCUAAUAAGCAGGUAUUUUCAAACUUAAGUGAAGAUUUUAUGAAGCCAGUUAUUCACAUUGUUGAAGAAGUUUUGAACACAACAUCAAUUAAAGUACAAGUUGUGUCUGGACAAUUAGAUUUAAUUGUUGAUACACCAGGAACAUAUAAAUGGGUUAUGGGUAUGUAUUUUAAGAACAAAAGACAUUGGGUAAAAGCACAACGAAAACCAUUGUUAGUCAAUCGUUACAUAGAAGGUUUCGUUAAGAAAUAUGGCACGUUUGAGUUUUAUUGGGUGAGCCGUUCUGGUCAUAUGGUGCCAGCUGAUAAUCCGUAUGCAAUGGCUAAAAUACUUGAAAAUCUUACAACUGAAUAAAAUAAGUUAUUAAAA